GGUGCUCCUCUCAUGGUAUUCAGAUGAGGCCGCCGACCAUGGUGGUGAUGGUGGUGCUCCUCGCCAUGGCGGCUGAGGCGGCGCUCCCAGCGGUGGUGGUGCUGGAGCGUGUGCUUCCGCGCAAGGGGGUCCAGUUGGCGGACCUUAAGGAGCUGGACAAGGCGAGGCACGUGAAGAUGGGUGUGGUGAACCUCUCUGUGGAGGGCACCGCCAGCCCGUUCGCCCGUGGGCUAUACUAUACCAGGGUGGGAUUAGGGAACCCCUCGAAGACGUACACUUUCCAAAUUGAUACUGGCAGUUCCAUCCCGUGGGUUGCUUGCACGGGUUCCUCGACCAAAAAUAUCUCACCUGAGUUAUACAACCCCGACUUUUCAUCAACGUCAUCCAGAAUUUCAUGCUCGGAUGAUAAGUGUGCAACAGUCUCCGCAUCUUGCCAACCCUCAGACUCCCCAAGUGGCCUAUGUGGUUAUAAUUUAACAUAUGCUGAUGAGACCAAAAUAUCUGGUUAUUUUGUCUCUGACGUUAUGUAUUUCGAAACUAUCAUGGGAAAUCAACGUUCUGCCAAUUCUUCUGGCUCUGUCGUAUUUGGAUGCACCAACGUACUGCCCAAGUUAAUAGAGACCGAUGGGAUUUUGGGGUUUGGGCGGCAUCAAUUGUCUAUCAUCUCGCAAUUAUACUCUCAGGGGUUAUCCCCAAAAGUGUUUUCUCAGUGCCUGAAAGGUUCUGGAGAAGGUGGUGGCAUUUUUGUUCUUGGUAAAAUUGUGGCACCAAACUUAGUAUUCACUCCACUUGACUCAUCAACGUCUGCGUACAAUUUGAAUCUGGAGAGCAUUGCUGUUAAUGGUCAAAAGCUUCCCAUUGAUUCUUCCUUGUUUGCAACACCAAAAUCACAAGGAACUGUUCUUGACUCAGGAACAGCACUUACAUACCUCGUACAUGGAGCCUAUGGUCCAUUUGUUAGUGCGAUAAUUGCAGCAAUCUCUCCAUCCGUACAGUCUUUGGACACUAAGUUGAACUUGAAGCGGGAUAGGCAGGACAAGUGUUUUCUGUCUUCUGGCAGUAUUGACUUGUUAUUUCCAACGGCGACACUGUACUUUAAGGGCGGUGCUGCAAUGACAGUGAAGCCGUCGCAAUACCUUUUGCAUCAGGGUGCUAAUGGAAACGAUACUGUGUGGUGUAUUGGCUGGCAGAGUAACCAGGUACUUCAGAAUACAGGAGGAAUCACUCUACUUGGAGACAUUGUUUUACACGACAGGCUAAUUGUGUAUGACUUGGGGAAAGAGAGGGUGGGCUGGAAGGACUACAAUUGCUCGUCACUCAAUAGGACCAGGUUUGAUGUGAGCGGUGCGUCGUCAUACUACAGCGGCUUGACAACUAUUGUGGUGGUAGCUGUUGUAUGGCUGGGUGGCCUUCUCGCGGAUCAUGCUCUAUCAUGAGAGUAAGAUCGUAGUACUAACUCAGCUGAGGAGAAACCUAGCCGGGGAGUUGAUUAGGGAAGUUUGCAAUUAUUAGAGGUGUUGAUAUUUAGAUCAAUUAUUAGGCUUGCUGAUUUCUAAUCUGAAUUUGUAGGGAUGAAAAGGACAAUCUGAUUUUAAUCGUUGAUUGCAGAUCCGUGGACCAAAUCAGUUUCUCUAACGUUUUUAUUUGUACCUACCAGUGUCUCCAAAAAACAUGUCCUCCGAUUAUCUAUCUUUUAGUAUACCUUGCCUUGUUUUGAA